AUGAUGACACAACAAGUUCCUGCGGGUUUCAACCCCGAGGAUGCCAGUAACCUUGAGGAUAUCGAGAAGCAGUUCGCCGUCAAGGCCGUCCAGCACAUGGAGACGUACUGGAAGAUCCUCGAGAGGGUCAAGGGCUCCGAGCUGCGCCUCACCAAGCUCGACGACGAGAUCUACGAGCACCUCAAGAAGGACUUCCCCGAGUUCGACCCGGCCGAGACGAUCGACGAGGACAAGAUGAAGAGCGCCGAGGGCAAGAAGCGGUGGCGCGACUUCAUGAUGACCUACGAGAAGACUGUCGACGACUACAACUUUGGCACCAUGCUGAGGACGGGCCCCAAGUUUGAGUACGGCUACGACGAGACCAUCUUCGUCCCGAGGAUGCAGUUCUACGCUGUGGAGAUCGCGAGGAACCGCAACGGCCUCAACGACUGGAUCUACGAAAAGGCCCAGGCUGAGAAGGCGGCGAAGAAAUAA